GCGGCACGACAAUCACGUGACUGACAGCGCUUCUGGUUUCCGUUAUAUUUGGGAAAGAUGAUGUAGCUGGCUGGCCUUGGGUAGGAUUUCUUUUAUCAAAGAGGCUCUGUUAACAAAAGAAAAGCAUGGACACAAAUGUAAAAUAGAACACGGUAGAAGAAUGCAGAAAUCAUUGUAGUAUAAAACAUGGCUAUAAGGGAGCUGAAAGUCUGUCUUCUUGGGGACACGGGAGUUGGGAAGUCCAGUAUUGUGUGUCGUUUUGUACAGGACCAUUUCGACCACAACAUAAGCCCAACAAUAGGUGCAUCAUUUUUAACAAAGACUGUCCCCUGUGGAAAUGAACUGCACAAAUUCUUGAUUUGGGACACGGCAGGACAAGAACGGUUUCAUUCAUUGGCCCCGAUGUACUACCGGGGGUCGGCUGCUGCUGUCAUCGUGUAUGACAUCACAAAACUGGACUCUUUCCAGACCCUGAAGAAAUGGGUGAAGGAACUGAAAGACCAUGGCCCCGAGGACAUUGUGGUGGCCAUAGCAGGGAACAAGAAUGACCUGGGGGACAUCAGGGAAGUUCCUAUGAAGGAAGCCAAGGAAUUUGCGGAGUCUAUCGCAGCCAUUUUCAUCGAAACCAGUGCAAAGAAUGCAGUUAAUGUGGAGGAACUCUUUCAGAAAAUCAGUCGGCAGAUUCCACCUUUGGAUCCCCAGGACCCAGACAGACCGGAGACCUUCAAGCUGACCCGACAGCCACCUCCGUCCAACAGGAGGUGCUGCUAGUGAGGGGUACUCAGGGCCCACAAGGGACAACUCAGACCUCAUGUUCCAGUUUUACCAGCACACGAUUACACAGCCCCCAGUCAGGUGAGACGGAGUGAGUCCCAACUGGGUAGACCCUGAAUCAGCACAGGAGAGUAUCCCCCCUAUUGCAAGAUGCAGUACUUCUUAGGGGCCUAAAGUAGAAUGGUAUUCUAUCAAAAGGGUUAAUUCCGCUUGAAAUAGAAGAAACGUGACCUCAGAACUCACCUGGCUACUGUUUAAUGCAGCCAUUGGGACCCCAAAUUAUGGUUACCGGAAGCAUCUGCUGUAAGAGCAAAAUUUAAAUGACCAAGAUCUGCACUGCUCCUGUUAUAAUCACUAUGGCACAUCAUAGUAAAGUUUUUCACAAGGUUUUACUACAAAUCGUCCAAUUUUUUAUUCUAUUAUAAGGUAAUAACCCAAUAAACCAUGUUGAGGUGGUGUAUAGUGUACGAUACAGGUAUACUAUAAAACUUUUCCAUUCCAGUUUUACUGUUAGCGCAAUUUGAUCAGAUGUAUUUUAAAGUGUUCUUUGUACUAUAUCAAAUAUUUGUUCAAAACAGAUGAUAAAUAAGUACAAUAUCUGAUUUCUCCCAAUGCGCAGAGAUAUGCAAUGUACUCAUGCACAUUGCAUAUCUUGUCCAAUUUUUCUUGUUCAGUGCAAUGAGAAAGCAAGUGCUGUUUUAUCCAUAAUAGACUCAUAGUUUCAAACUAAUCGAACUGACACUUUUCACUAGUUGGUCCUGUAAUCAUGUUAAACAGCAUAAGAAUCAGGGGUUAUCUGUUGCCACUGGCAUUGUCAAAUUGUGGAUACAGAUUACAAAUCAGUUUGUGUAUGUGUGUGUGUGUGCAUGUGUGUGUGCGUGUACACGUGUCUGUCUGUUUUCGGGAGCUAGAGUAAUUCACAAGCAGGACUUUGUAAAUGAAAUACUGUUAUGCAACCUGAGUGAUGUUAUACUUACAACACAUGUAUAUAGUACAUGUAUAAUUCGUGCUGUAUAAUGUGCCUUGCAUGCAAGUACAUUUCCCUGGUAAAGUGGGAAAAUACUUUUCUCUUAUAGUUUACCUCGUAUAGUCAUUAGCUUAGCAAUGUUCCCUCCAUAAAAGUGGGAAUUCAAUAAUGAUAGUUGUGUAUUCUUGUAGUCUUUUUUGGCAAAAGACGGUGAUAUCUGUGAAAAAUAAUUGCAGUCAGAAUAAAGAUCGCCACCUGCUGGCAGGCGUCCGUUGUGCAGGACAAAAACCCACUGCCAGCAUGCCAAGAGAAUGUCUAUAAUGUUGAAGGAUUGGGUUCCAUUACAGAAUUUGUUGUGAAUAUAGGAAAAAUAGAAAAUGCACUUUACUCUCAGAUUCGAUGCAGCUUGUUGAUAAUAAUUCCCCACAGUGUUCUUAAGGAGAUAUUUGGGAUUCAUUAAUUGUGCCUUAUAGCCACUGGUGAUACUUGGUAUCACUGGUUUUAGCACUGGGUUUGCACCACUGACAGUAUGCAAACCCAGUGCUACCAUGCCUGUGUAGUUUCAGUGACCUCAGUCAUGUAAAGGGAAAGAGGAUUCACAAACUGCCAUUGUAGCCAGUGUGGUUGUGAUUAUACGAUUCAUAAGAAGAGCCAAUCAGCUACUAUGACCACAUUGUUAACCAUUCAGUAAAGGAAGUGUGAAACUAUACCUACCUGUGGGCUUUAAUUCAUUUCUGCUCUGGUAGAAACUAGAUUUGGAUUUGACUUGGUUGAACCAUAUACACACACUUCAGCAUCUGCCAUUUGUUUAGCAGUGUGGUGCUUUAGCCUCCAUUUUUUAUUGAUACUGUUGGUGAAAUUUCUCCCCCAUGCCUAAGGCAUACAUCUCCUUUGAAGCCCUGUGCUUUUGUAAACACACUGGUUGAACAAGCCUGUCGGAUACAUUUCCAGUACAUGUUUUUUAAGGCAUUUACUGCUUUUCAGACUAACACACAACUGUCUCAGUUCCCUUCAUCUUUGUGGAAGCCCGAAUUGAAGCGUAUAUCGGAAAUGUGUAAAAUGCCAUUGAGGGGGUUUGCAUGACUUAGGAUAUGACAAAUAUAUUGAAAAUGUAUUCAUAUUAUAAUGUAUCAUGUAUAGAAGCUCAUUUUAACCUAAAUGUGGAACUGAGGAUUUGGAUUAAUAUUUGACUAUAAUAGAUUUGUUGUACUUACUCAUGUUCAAUGUCUUUUUUUAGACAUGAAAAUAAAAGAAUGGCUGCUGCAUGCACUCUGGUGGACUGGUGCCACGUGUGUUCAUGUUAGUCAGAAAAACAAGAGGUUUUAACUUGCGCAUUAGUCACAUUAAUCCUUUUUUGUAAUAUUUGCAGACAAGGUUAACAUUUUAUAUUAAUCUCUGUGGUAAUAAACUGGUCUUAUUUCUACA